UCUCUGGUGCCACCGCCUGCUCAGCCGUAAUUGCCGCUCCAUACCGCAUCCUUUAUGCACAGCACGCUGCUCCGGUCCUCCCCAACAAAACACCCGUUCGUGUCUGAGCACCAUGGCCCGCUCCAGUCGCUUUCACUGAGCGAUAUGGAAGCCAAACAGCACCAGAUAAAGAGCAUAAAAAGCUACCCAGAGACCGGUGGUCGGAGCCUGGCAGCAGCCGCCGGCAUAGACAGUGGCGGCGGGCUUCGAGUCAGCUCAGCCGAAUCAGAGAUGGAGGCGAAGAUCCAGAAAGCCAUCGACUUCAAGGUGGAGGGUCAUCGCUGCUACAAGGAGAAGAAAUUUCGGGAGGCGAUCGGCAAGUACCACCGGGCGCUGCUGCAACUCAAAGGGGUGCAUGUUGUCGACGGGACGACCGGAUCCGAGGUCAACCUGCUGAACCAACCGGCGGCCAAACUGACCGAGGAGCAGCGGAGAGCCGUGGAGAGCACCGAGAUCGAGUGCUACGACAGCCUGACAGCGUGCCUUCUGCAGUCAGAGCUGGUGAACUAUGAGCGCGUGAAGGAGUACUGUCUGAAGGUGCUGAGCCACCAGAGAGACCACUUCAAGGCCAUGUACCGAGCCGGCAUCGCCUUCUAUCACCUGGGCGACUAUGAAUGUGCCCUGCGGUACCUGCGUGAUGCCAAGAACCGCGAACCCUCAGACACCAAUGUGUUACGGUACAUCCAGCUGACGGAGAUGAAGAUAAGCAAGUGCGGACAGCGGGAACGAGAAAGCAAAGAGACGCAGGGCUGAACCUCGACCCUUUCACCCUCCUGGCUCCUAAACCUUCGACCUGUCCCCUCCAUCAACCCUCUCUCUCUCUCUCUCUCUCUCUCUCUCUCUCUCUCUCUCCCUCUCUCUCUCUCUCCACCUCCUGUAUUAACUCCUGACAGCAGCACAGCCCGCAGACAGAAGAGACAGACCAAAACACCCGCCAGCGAUGGAAAACAACGUGGGACAUAUCAAAAGCCGUCUGCAAACCGACGUCCUUCCUUCCUUCUCUUUCCUCUUUUCUCCCUCUUCCCUCCCUCAGGUGCUGUGCUUCACCUCCCAAGAUGCAGACAGUCGAGCAUACAAAAAAAAAAAAGAAACAACAAAAAAACAAGGAAAAUGCUGUAUUAUACUCAUGCAAAACAGUCAAUGUGGUGGAAUGACAAAGGAGCUUCAAAACAUACAUAUGAAUAAUGGACAUUUGCGUGAUUUAGUUAAUGUUUUAAAGACAUAAGGUACAUUUAGUUUCUGCUUUCUUGCUCUCGCUUUCUCUCUGCCUUCUCUCUCUCCGUCUUAUUUGGAACUCUUGAUGAGAAUAUCUGUGGGGUGGGAACGUUUGACCACGCCAGGAGGAAAGCAGGCGACAGUGAGGGGUAUGUGUGACACACAUCAAGACCAUAGCCCAAUUUGAUUGUACGUCCUUCUCCAACAGGGCUCACUCAGACCCCUUACCCCGACUUUUGGACAGACUAGCAUGAGAAAUCCAUCAUUACAUCGAGAAAAAGCCUCCACACUUAAUCCAUCGCUCUGUUUUCUCACUUUUUUUCCUGGAUGACAUGGUUUCUUGGUUUAUGGACCGUUUUUUUUUUUUGUCAAUUCAAGGGCUAUUAUAAUUGUUUUUUGAGGUUUUACUUUGCUUUUUGGUGUUCAUUGUUCUCUGUAGUAAGUAAUCAGUUGUUCAUAGCAUCGUCAUAGCUCGCAGCAAACAGACACAAUCAUCCAGCGGUUCUUGCUGUAUUCAAGUGUGAUAAUGUGGAAACUUCUGUGUCUUCAAUCUGUUGCCCCUCCUGAGUCGUGUGCCGUUGUUAAUGUUGUUUAGACUACCGAUGAGCCUGCCUCCUUCUCUCCCUCUCUGUUCUCCUGUUAAUGAUGUCACAACGGAAAAUAGCCAAAGGGAUCAGAGUUCCAUCAACCGCAGCUGGCUGGAUGGAAAUCCACUUCAAAGUUUAAAACACUUUAAGAUUUCUGAAACGGAGGUCCAACCUUUUAUCGCCGGUGCCGUAGGUUUUUUCCGAGACAUCGAUAACACACUGAGGAGUCUCUGGGCAGCAGCGUUAAUGCAGGGAAAACAAUCGCACACAUCUGUCCUGGACCCUGGCAGUCUACACCGACAUGUUUUUAGCACUCAGCUUUAGUGCUCUUUAACAAGAGUGUUGCCAUUUGAGAUUUCCUCCUUUUUCAUUUUUAUUGUGUUUGAAAUGUGUUUCCCACACACCAACGUAAUGUUAGACUAGAUCAACACAGCAUUAGCGUUAGAAACACUAUGAGAACACGGUUUGCUGAUAUACGUGGCCAGCUGUCAAAAGACACAUGUAUCAUUUGCUGCCGCUUCUCUUGUGACUUUGUGAAGCCGAAUUAUUUAUAAUGCCAACGUUACUUUCAUGACAGCUUCACCACAGGCUGUUCUGCAGAAGGUUGGACUGACAAUUUGUGAUCGCAUGACCUAAAUUUCCCUUCUCUCUGAUGCCAUGAAACUCUUUCCCCUCCUGCAUGUGACGUGCGGCUGCAGAGGGUUACUUCAGAUGUAUGGGAUAGGGAUUAUAUCCGCUCUAUUGCUUUCCAUCAUGGCAUGCCGCCACGCUGUUUGCUCAUGCCUCUAUUUUAUCAUUCUGCUCUUUAUAAACACAGAAGGGGGUGACAGCCUGUGGUCGCAGCAGCACCAGAGGUAUCAAAUAAAAUAAGGAGGUGUCUCAUAAAUUAGGGUCACCUUCUGCCUCGGCAAGGCAAGAGAUAAGAGACAAGUUCAAUACUUGAGAAAUUCAAAAAGGGUUUAGGAGGAAAUCGAAGAAUUGUGUUGUAGAAGAUUUCCCCUCCCCAUUUUUCCAGUGACCCACGAGGAGGUGAAUAGGUACCUAUAAGUGUGUCAAUUGGACUGUGGAGAGACGGCACCAUGUGUUGAGGAGACCGGCAUGAUGCAGAGAGGCUCCAGAGGAGGGAGAAGUAGGCCAGCAUCAGCAGCUGGAGGUCCUAGACACUCUAGCAGCAGAUACACAAAUCAGAAGAGUUUGGAGCAGGGAGAGUUACUCUAGGUCUUUUUGAACAUCUCCAACACAAACUUUCAACACUGAUCAGCUUUUUAAACGACCUCCCCUGUUUUUAUGAGCCUGGCAGCAGAGAGUUUCUCCCACCCAGAUCUCAUAGUUCCUUCCAUAUAAUGUACAAAACAAUAGUAAGACGCUUACUUGUCUGACAUGACAACCUUUUUAGUUUGAGUUUAACAUUUUACAUUUUUCGCAGUCUGUAUGCUUGUGUGACGCUACAGCUAGUGGCACGUUAGUUGGAUAGUACAAAGACUCAAGGGGGAAAAAGCUGAAGUGGUCAGAAGGUGAUAAAAAUCAGCCUGUUAUCACAACAGAGCUCUAGGCUGUGUGCAAACAAUGUGUCUGUACAAAUUGGACUUGUGAAACCAUGUAGACAAUUUGGGUUUUCAUAGUUCUUGCUCAGUGAAACAAAUUCAAUACCAACGGUUACUUGACAAAUUCUCCUCAGUAAUAAAACGUUCUCAGAUAAUUAGUGAGAAAUCAGUCACUGGUGUAAUUUUGUGGAUAAAUGAGUCAGAAACAUUUCAUCAGCGCCUCUCGGCUGAAAACAUCAGACGCACAAGCCUUCCUCACUCUUAACGUGCUUCUCUACAUCUUCUUCUCUUCCUCCGGCGUCCCAGAGGAAAUAAAAUACAACAACAACAACAGUGAGGAAUGGCACCUGCAGGCUCUUGUCUCCAUGGCUGCCUGGGCUGAGUCUCCUCACCCACGAGCCCCUCUGGGAUCGGUCUCCUCCCGUGGCGGUCUCUCCACGGCACCAGUGUGCCAUCUUGUUUUUGUCUUGUUGAGCUAAGUCAUUCUAGCUUAGCAUGUGCUACGGGUCGACUAGGUGAUAAGUAGCUGCACUUAAAGAAUAGGUUCAUUUCAGGCUCCUCAGUUCUCCCCUAACAGCAGAGCUGGAAUUGUAAGCUGGAAAACAUGCUGUGUGUGCAAAAAAAAAAAAAAAAAAAGAGAGACAUCAUAUCUCUCCAUGAGUGAAGCUUUGAAAACAAACAAGAAAAAGCACAACAAAAAAAGAAACAGAAAAGUCAAACUGGCUGUGUUAUUUUGCUCUUUUUUGCUUUGAUGUCAUUUGAGGUAAAUGUUUGUCAAACGUCAGAGUAGUUUUUGUGAAUAUAUGAUACAAAUGUACAAAAAAAAUAACAAAAAUGGAAAGUUUAAUGGUUGUGAAAAGCUUUACUUCACUGAAAAACUUUAUCAACGGAGAAGAAAAGCAAGAGAUAGAAAAGAGAAUUUUAUUAAAAGCUCCUCCACAGAGCUGCUUCGUGACUGUGUCUGUAUUUGUUGGUAUUUCUAUUGAUGUCCCUUUUCGUCAAAGGGAUCAACAACCGGCUCGUCUGUUUCUGCACAGUGAGACGCAGGAGUGGACGAAAACUCUGAGGAACUCGUACCAGAGCGCAGAGCUGCUCCUCACAGCCACAGAUCUCCAUCAUCCUCUCCAGGAGAGACACAAAAUAAAACAGACAUGAAGCUGGGGACGUCAAAGCUAUGACUGCGUUUUUGUCCCGCCUCGCUCCCAAGAGGCCUUUUUUUUUCCAUUCAACAUCCAAACAUCACAGGCCUCCAUCACCGGUUUUACUGAACUGCUAGCCUGGGAAUGCACUAUUGAUUGGUAAAUGAAGAUUAUGAAUAAAGUUUCAAACAAAGAGGAA